UUACCGGUUACCCGGUUUUGCGCGUGCGCGCCAUAUUAUCAACACUUCCGAAAUCACUGUUAAUCAUCAUUCACGUACAAAUGUUAAAUAAUAUUAUUAUAUUUAUACACAAUACACAAAUCGCGGUCCACAACGUUCUAAAUAUUAUUAAUUUUGCACACGCGACGACCAUGCAACAGCUACCUACGUACCUUUUCGAGAAUAGUUUACGAUACAUGUUAAUGGAAUUUGUGGCUCCAGCCGACCAGGUUUUAGCCAACCGCUAAGAAAUCGCUGUUUUAACUUUUCAAAUUUUACGUAUGGAUCGAUUACAGACAAUUGUUCAAGAUUAAAACCAAUGGUUGUGAAUUUUACUUUGAACUUUAUUUAUUAUUGAUAAAAAUCCUCGAUGACUACCAAGUGGAUUGACAACAUGAAUUUAAAUUGUGCUGUGAAACUACUGCGUUGUGAUGUUCUGCCAAUAUCUAACAGUGAAGAUGUUGUUUCAGUGGCUGAUAAACAAGCUAAUGCUGAAGUAAAAAGAUCCGUGAGGAUAUCUAGAAAACGUACUAAAGCUAUUACAGAAAAUGGCAAUCAAUCAGAUGAUGUGAAAAAAAGAAAUUGCAUGAUCAAAAAACCCAAAUUGAGUAAAAUAGAACCAGGAAAAACUGAUGCUUCUCAAAAAGAAAUUGAAAACACCAAAAUCCAAGAUUCUUCUAUAAAGUCUACAGAUAGCUGUUUAAUUAAUGAUGAUCUUAGCGUAACACCUGGUUCUACACUUAGUCCAAACAAUUUUAUAGAUAAUAAAGAAACAAUUUCUAAACAGCGGUCAAUAAAACCAAAACCUAUUAAAUUCAAAAUAUCCAAAUCUAUUAUUGCUGUUAGAAAAAAACCUAUAGUGCAUGAUGUAGAUAAAGAUAAUCAAUCUAACGAAACUGUAAAAGCUGAUAACUUUGUUGCACCGUUAAAAUCUAAAACUAAAACAUCUAAAUCUAUUACAUCAAAUAGAAAAAAGCCUGAUCCGAAUAAUGUUAGCAAAAAUAACACAUCUUCUGAACUUGGAGAAAGUAAUAGCGUUACAUCAAUAAAAUCCCCUAAAAAUAAAACACCUAAAUCUAUUACUUCUAAUAAAAAAAAAUUAUUGAACAAUGUUAUAACCUUUGUUGAAACACAACAUGAACUUGAAAUAAAUGAUAAUUUUGCCGUACCACAAGUUCCUAAGAGUAAAACAUCUAAAUCUAUUUCCAAUAGAAAAAAGCCCGCAGUAAAUAAUAUAAUCAAAAGUGACAUAACUAAUGAACAUGAAAUAAGUAAUACAAGUGAAAUUCCUAGAAAACGUUAUCGUACUUCAUUAAAAAAAGAAAAAUUUCAGAAUCCUGAUUUUGGUGGUAAUAUAGUAUGUAAUACUGAAGACAGCUUAGAUGAUUCUCAGAAUUUGGGAAAAAUUUGUAACAGUGACGAGGAUAGUACAGUGACAAAGUUAUCUCAAAACUUUGAUGAUACUUCCAUGAUGCUCAGAAGUAAUAAUAAACCGCCAAAAAUUAAAAAGAAAUGGAGUGAUGAGUGGAGUGGGGACAAAUUGUUAACAAAUAUAUCAAAAUCCAAUAAUGAAGAGUUUUCUAGUGAAUCGACACUAGAUGUUAAUAGUAAAAAAAAAAUUGCGAAAACUCAAAAAUCAAAAAAUGCCAACUGUAAAAAAGUUAAUUCAAAGAUGUUAGAAGAACUUAACCCAAACAAUUCAUUUGUUUUCCAUACCCCGAUUCCGGCUCAUGAUAAUACAGAUAAGUCUUCAAUAAAUGUUCCUGUGGUGCAAAAUGAUUGUAUAUCAAUGAAUGUUCCAGAGGUGCAAAAUGAUAGUAUAUCAGUUAAUGUUCCUGUGGUGCAAAAUGAUAGUAUAUCAAUUACGUACAAUAUUCCUCUUGAAGAACCUAUACCAGUUGUCUUCAAUGAUGCCUUGUCUGAACAUGUUGGUAUUUGCAAUGCACCAUCUAGUGGAACCUCGUCUAACAUCUCUAUAAUGCAUACAACAGGUACUGAGAGUACAUUUUCCACUAACAAUGAUCAACAGUCUCAUUUAAGUACACUAGAACCAAUAUCUGAUUCUGAUUAUUUAUCAGUUUCAACAAUAGGCAUCGAAAAUCCUGAAAUGAGUUAUGGCAUGGCAAUACUAUCUGAAGCUAUCAGCCGGCAAUGUAGAGAAUUAGCCAACGAACAAAUUAAAAAAAAGUCACCUGAACAGGAUAUUGUUGAGAUAAAGUCUAGCCCCAAGAAAGAAAACAGUACAUCACGAUCACAAGUGCCUAGUGCUAAGGUAUCACCCCAAAGAAUUGUUAAGAAAGUGUCAAGAAAAAUACCUAAGUGCACUCCAAAAUUAGGGUUGCAAUCUGUAAAAAAUGAAGUAGAAUCACGUAUAGACCAUGAAAUUAAUCUCCUUUCUAAACGUUUUGACAUCCCAAGUAACUAUCUCAGGAAAACAGUUGUAGAUGAGCCCCUUUCUGUAUUCCAAAAAAAGUACUCCAAAUCAGUGACACCAUCUAUGGUAGAAAUAUCACCCAUAGAUGUAAAUGCCAAGUCAGGGUUAAACGUAAAUUUAGAGUACAAAUUGGAACCUAUCAGAGAGAGUGCGGCCUAUGAAAAAAGUAACUUAAAAGACUUGAUGCUAGAACUUUCAAAAACAAUGCCAUCAUGGAGCUUGAGUAUUGUCACCAAUCCACCGAGAUAUGUAAUUUCACAUAUGUCAAUUGGCACGUACGGCGUCCCUAUUGCAAACAAAUGUAUUGUACUGGACAAAAUGUUCAGAGCUUCGGUUUACAUCAAUCAAUCUUUAGAACAUAAACUUUCUAAACGUUACACAACUGCAACCGAAAUUGUCAAUCUUAUUAAAGAGUUAAAUUCUAUAUGAAAAAAUAUAUUUAUGUUAUACAUAUUAGUAUUAUGUAUAUUUUUCUUAUAGUAAAUAAUAAAUUAUUUGUAUUUUGUUUAUGUUUCCAAUUGAGUACAAACCAUCAAAUGUAUAUGUAUAUAAAUUAUAAACAUUUGUAAAGGAACACAAUAUGAACAAUAUGUUAUUUUGUUGUGUUGUAUAUACUCAUUGAUCAUUAUUUAAAUUGGCAAACAAUUUUUAAACAGACUUAAAUAUAUUUCUUUUUAAUGAACUAGAAUUGUAAGAAAUACUUAUAUUUUUGUUUUACUUUUCAUCAAAAGUGUUGAUUGAGCUGAUUUGUUAUUUUUAUUAGUAAUAUUUUAAUGCUAUAAUUGUAUAAUUUUUAAUUUUUAUGAUUAAAUGUAUUUAAUACCCAUUAA